AUUGUGACGCAAGGGAGGGAGAAUUCGAAUUGGGGCACGCCCCGGCGGCGGCCGCGCCCCCUGGCGGAGCGGCAGCGAGGCGGCACCGGGCGCCGCGCACCGGGCACCGGGCACCGGGCGCCGGGUACCGGGUACCGGGCACCGAGUACCGGGUACCGGGUACCGGGCGGUGAGCGGGCGCAGCACCCCGGGGGAAGCCGCCGCCACCGCCGUCGCCCAUGGGUGGCGCGGCGGGGGCCGCUCGCUGAGACGGCGGCGAUGACGGACGAGCGAGAUGUCGAGUUCAUCACCGAGGAGAGGUUCGACUUCGGGGUCCUGUCCCCUUCCGACAGCCGGGAGGAUUGCCUGGACGGGGAGGAAGAGGAGGAGGAAGGGGGGCCCGCCGGCGGCCCCCCGGCCCGCGACAGCGGCCGCUGGAGCCCGUUGAGCGGCGCCCGGCUGGAGGAGAUGGUGCAGGAGGCGAAUCGGCUGGCGGCGCAGCUGGAGCGGUGCCGGCUGCCCCGGCGGGACCCCCCCGGCAGCCCCCGCAGCCCCCGCAGCCCCCGCCGCGAGACCUUCGUGGUGAAGAACAGCCCCGUGCGGGCGCUGCUGCCCACGGUGGAGCCGGGCGCCCCGACACCCGCCCGGCCCCCGGCCAAGGCGCCCGCCCGGCCCGGCGCUGCCGACCCCCCCGCCAAGGCGGCCCCCAGCAGCAGGAAGGACUCCCCUGGCUGCCGCCCCGCACCAAAGGCACCCCCCGUCGCCCGGGUGCCCCCCGUCACCCGGGUGCCCCCCGCCAGGGUCCCCCCCACCAGGGUCCCCCCAACCAGGGUGCCCCCCAGCCAGCCGUGCCCCCCGCGGGGCCUGGGGGCCGCGGGCCGGGCCAAAUCGGAGCCUCUCCGGGCAGGCCAGGCCAAGGCGAGCGGAGGCGCCGUCCCCUCUCCCCCCGCCAGGGCCACCACCGGGGCCACCAGCCGCGUCCCCGCGCCCAGCGCCAUCCCCAAGCCGCCCGGCAGGACGGUGGCACCGGGUGCCAAGGGGCCGCCCCGGGCCAGCGCGGCCGCGCAGCGAGGCCCGGCGGCACAGCGGGCAGCACCCGCCGCGGGGUGCAAGCCGGGGCCCCCCGGCAGCCGCCUCCGCCCCCCCCGCAAGACGGCGGUGACCGGCAGCUCGAGGUAAAAGCCGCCAUCAUGCCGCCCCGGCAGCAGCGGGCACCGGGACCCCCCCCAGACGCCCCCGGGGCUCAGCGGGCACCGGACCCCCCCGGGGACGAGGCAGAGGCUCGGGUUGGCAUUUUGCUUUAAUUACAAAAACCUCACGUCAGCAGUAGGAAACCCCCCCCUCCAUCCCCCCCCCCAGGGGUCCCUCGUCCCCCCCACCAAGUCCCCAAAACAUCCUGCACCGGGUGCCACCCACCUCUGGGGGCCGCCGGGCACAGCCUGAGCCUCACCCCCCCCGGGGGGGGCACACAAAAUACUGGAAGGGGGGGUAAGGCCCAGGCAUCCCUGCGCCCACCCCGUGCCCCCCACCCGGGGGGGGUCCACACGUGUGGGGGGGUUAUAUAUCUUUUUUUUGUAUUUUUUCAUGUAUUUUUUAAAUAAAAGCCUCCAGCAGGCACUGUGCCGUGGAAAA